AUGCAGCCUGUGGAUGAUGCCACACUGAAAGGGCAUUUCUUGACUAAGGUGAUCGACUCGGCAGACGCCUACCUGGUGGUGUACGCGAUCGACGAUCGGGAGUCCUUCAAAGGCGCGCAAACAAUCGUCUCGGAGAUUCUUGGACGGUGUAAAAUCGCCAGUGCCAUCGUGCUAGUUGGCAACAAGACCGAUUUGGUUCGAGCACGUUGCGUCUCCUACGACGAAGGCAAGCACCUGGCCUCCGUGUAUUCCUGCGACUUCUACGAGGUCUCCAUCUCCCUCAAUCAUCGGGUGAACGAGUUACUCGUAGGCCUCGUCUCAGCCAUCAAGGCGGCCAAUCAACACGUGAACGAGGAGCGUCAGCGUCUCAGUCGCAUCGCUAGCCUCAAAGGCGAUCCCUCCGAGGCCUCCUCCUCACACGAGCACAGAACUUCGAUGAAGCAGAAGUUGAAAUAUCCACGUCGCUACUCGAGUGUGGGCAAGAGCAUCCGCCACUUCUUCAAGAAUUCGUCUGACUGUCCCUCUGCCUGUAUGUCUAGCCGUCUGUCUGCCUCUUCAUCUACCUAUGCGUGUGCUUGUGUGCCUGCAUGCGUGUACAUGACGUUUCACUCUUCUCUCUCCUCCCUGCCUCCCUUCCUUCCUCUCCCUCCCUCUCUUCCUCCCUUCCUCACUUCCUCACUCCAUCCCUCCACUUCACCAGCUACACUUGACCUCUGUACGCCAACACCUCCAUUUCACUCGCCUUUCGACCAGUCAACUCACCAACUGCUGUUCAUACGCUUCAACUGCCUCAAAUGCCAAGUGGUCUGCCUUUGCGCCACCUGA